CUCAUCAAGAAGAUCAGAGCGAUCCUCCAACACUUUCUGGGUUUUUGUCUUCCUCUUCUGCCAGAUAAAGAACGUACAGGAACGAAAUAGAAGAAACAAGACCGACAGAAAAAUGUCAAACGUUUCAGGCGAUGAAAGAAGCUUCUCCUCCGGGAACACGGGAGAAGUAGAAGUCCAUCAAGAAGUCAACGACGAUCAACAGCACCAACACAACACCACUUCAGCUCCCAAUAACUCUGCUCCUUCCAACAGUAAGAAACCACCACCCAAGAAGAAGAGAAACCUUCCCGGAACACCAGAUCCGAACGCUGAUAUUGUUGCGUUAUCACCGACGGCACUCAUGGCGACGAAUAGAUUCGUGUGCGAGAUAUGCAACAAGGGGUUUCAGAGGGACCAGAACCUGCAGUUGCACAGGAGAGGGCACAACCUGCCAUGGAAGCUGAGGCAAAGGUCGAGCACGGAGGUGAAGAAGAGGGUGUACGUGUGCCCCGAGCCCUCGUGUGUGCACCAUAACCCAGCUCGAGCUCUGGGAGACCUCACCGGCAUCAAGAAGCAUUACAGCAGGAAGCAUGGCGAGAAGAAAUGGAAGUGUGACAAGUGCUCCAAAAGAUACGCCGUCCAAUCUGACUGGAAGGCCCACCAAAAAACCUGUGGCACCAGGGAAUACAAAUGUGACUGUGGCACCAUUUUUUCCAGGAGAGAUAGCUUCAUCACGCACAGGGCUUUUUGCGACGCUUUAACUGAAGAAAACAAUCGCGUGAACCAAGGAUUAACCAGCAGCAUGCAACCAAACAUGCAAAAUCAUCUGACAGAUCUGAUGCCCGCCCUCUCCCCGGACCUCGGUCCAAGCCCAUUCAAGCCUACGAGCAUUGGGCCCAUGUUCUCUACCACGUCAGGAUCGCUCUUCUCUGGCCCAAGGCCCAUCUCUCCCUCCUCCUCCUCGGCGCUCCAGCUAAGCCCCAACGCUUGCUCCACGGCUUUCAAUUACUUACUGGAUAGCAAAAACUUGGGCCCAAUGAUUUCUGGAUUGGCCCAAAUGUCUGCGACAGCUUUGCUACAGAAAGCAGCCCAAAUGGGUGCCACCGCGAGCAACAGCAUCAACUCUCCAAUGAUGCAGAAGAGCUUCGUCACUAGCAUGGCUGGUCCUGAUCAUGUCUCUUCCAUGAACAAACUACCAUUUUCUGGUGCUGAUCCUUCCUCCUAUGAUCAUUUCCAUCAUCCUCAUCGUGAUCAACCCGACAUGGCUGGGAAUAGUGGCGGCGGACCAUUCACCAAUCAACUGUUUCACAAAAGCCCACAGGAAAUUUCACAACUGUUUGAUGCCACAAAUGCUGCUGGAUCUGCAAUUACUGAUAUGGGCAUGUUCAGCCAGAUUUUCCUCGCAAGUGAUCAGAACCCAGGAUUGAUGAUGAAAAACAAUGCGGAAGGAGAGAACAGCGGUGGUUCAAGUUUGAUAAUUCACGGGAGAGAUGUGGGAGAAGGGAAUCCGAUGGGGCCAAAUAUGGCGACAGUACAUGAUUUCUUGGGUGUUGGGGAACCACAGCCACAAAGGUUGGAGAUAGAAGCGAUGAAUCAGCAGGGGGUAUCAGUUAUGAAUCAGUUUGAACACCAUCUUCCUCGUGGGGAUUCAGCUUUGGAUAAAUCCAUUUGGGAUGUUUGAGUUUGCUUUUAAUUAAUUAGUUGGGGCAAGUUUGGCACUGGGACGUCCUUUGGGAUUGUUGGUUUCUGGAUGGAACAUGCACUCAAGGAUGUUAGUGAAAUGGGAAAGGAAGCAACAACAUUUGAAUGGUGAAUGCCACAUUCUCAAUUAUCAGAGGAAGGAUUGUGUUUUUACAGAAUUGAAAUAACAGAUUUUUACCUGCCAAGACAACGAAAUGUUUUAUUGCGCAUGUGUCAUAUUGUUGAUGCCAUGAAUCAUGUCUCGAUGUCUUCUCUCUCUUUCUCUCUGCUGUUUUGGAGGCAGUGAUGCUAAGAUUUUAGGAAGAAAAGAAAAUUGUCACA